AUGAAGAUAGCAUCGUGGAACAUUAGGGGCUUUAAUAAGCCUCUAAAACAAAAUGGGGUUCAUCACCUCAUUAAGCAUGAAUGCAUUGAUAUUAUUGGUGUUCUGAAAACGAAGCUCAAUCAACAAAAGUUAGCUCGGAUUCUGAGGAAUAAAUUUUGUGGAUGGAGUCAUACUGAAAAUUUUCCUUCACAUCCGGCAGGGAGAAUUUUGAUCCUAUGGGACCAAACAAAAGUCAACCUGUGUGUCUUGGAAGCUGCCCCACAGGUUAUACAUUGCGAAGUCACCUGCAAGGUAACUUCUUUUGCUUUUCGUUUGAGUUUUGUAUAUGGUUUCCAUUCUAUUGUUACUCGGAGACCAUUAUGGAGUAACUUGAUUGAUUUUGGAGCAACAUGUUCAAUACCUUGGAUGGUCAUGGGUGAUUUUAACUGUAUACUUUCACCUGAUGAGAAAUGUAAUGGAGCAGAAGUGACUCCAUAUGAAACUAGAGAUUUUGCAGAUUGUUGUUUAACUGCACGUCUUACAGACUUGCGAUCCAUUGGAUGCUACUACACUUGGUCGAAAAACUCUGAAGGCAAUAUCCUUUCAGUUUGGAGUAAGCUCGAUAGAGCUGUGGUAGAUGAACGGUGGCAACAAGCGGGUAUACAUGCCUUGGCAAAUUUCCAACCAUCAGGUUGCCUUUCAGACCACUCGCCAUGUAUUGUAUCGCUUUUCCAACAAGAUGGAGGCAGAGGCAAACACUUCAAAUUCUUUAAUAUGUGGACGGAGCAUUCAGAUUUCCAAAAUGUGGUUACAGAAGAUCUUAAGCAGCUAAAUAACAAGCACUAUGCUCACAUUUCUGCUCGAGCUGAAAAAGCUAAAAAUGAUCUAAAGGCAGCACAAAUGGAGUUACAUGAUCUACCGACGAAUAUUGAGUUGCAAAGUAAGAGAAGCUUCUACUAUCAACAAGCAAAAUCUGUUUAUCUGAGCAAGAGUGAUAAAUGCACGAAAUUUUUCCACUCUUUAGUUAAAAGGAAUGCGAAGCAAAACUUCAUUGCUGCUGUAAUGAAACAAGAUGGGAUGCCCACAAGCUCCUUAGCAGAGGUGGAGGCUGAAUUUCUUGCAUACUAUCAAAACUUGCUUGGGACAAACCAUGCACGUGAUGCCAUUGACGAAACCAUUUUAGGCGAAGGGCCAUUAAUCUCUAGGGAACAGGCAGAUUCCAUUGUUAGAUAUAUCUCUCCACAAGAGAUUAAGGAUGUUUUGUUUAACAUUGGAGACGAUAAAUCCCCAGGCCCUGAUGGAUACACCUCGUGCUUCUUCAAGAAAGCUUGGGGGAUGAUCGAGGGUGACUUUGUUGGUGCUAUCACAGAGUUUUUUGAGACUGGUUCACUCCUCAAGCAGAUUAAUCAUACCGUCAUUGCCCUAAUUCCGAAAACCAGCCAUGCAUCCACUGUUGGGGAUUUCAGGCCUAUUUCAUGCUGCAAUGUGGUCUACAAGACAAUCACGAAAAUCUUGUCCAACAGAUCCAUUAUUGAUAAUGCGCAGGCAGCUUUUGUAAAGGGGAGGAGCAUGGUUGAGAAUGUCCAUCUUGCACAGGAACUAUUGAAGCAAUACAAUCGAAAGAGAGUAUCCCAAGAUGCUUUUCUAAGAUCGAUCUCCGAAAGGCAUAUGACUCCAUACAUUGGGAAUUUCUAA